AUGCUUGAUCUGUUUACCAUUUUAACCAAAGGUGGCAUAGUCCUUUGGUCAAAGACCUUUGCUCGGUUUGCGUCUUCACCAGUAGACGCAUUAAUUAAAGACGUUCUCAUUGAGGAAAGAGCCGGUGCAAACAAUUAUACAAAGGACAGCUUUAAUGUGAAAUGGACCUUUGCAAAUGAACUUGACUUAAUUUUUGUGGUUGCCUACCAAAAAAUCCUUCAACUUGCCUACAUUGACGAGUUACUUGCCACCGUAAAGAAAUUCUUUUGUGAUAAGUUCGCGCAAAUAAUUCGUGAUACUGGAAAAUUGCAUUUAUUCCCUUUUGACGAUGAUUUCGAUAUGAUUUUGAGAAAUUUCGAGGAGAAAGGGUUCGAGGAAAAGCGAUCUAAGCCAAGGAAAUUUGAAGAAACCAAAAAAUACAAAGCAACUGUGGAAGGUUCAAAAAAACUUGAAGCUAAAGAUAUUGUUCAACAAUCGAAUGUCCCGGCAAUAGAUGAAGAAGAAAUUGCGCGUAAGGUUGAAGCAUUGCGUGCUAAGGGAGGAGCGGGUGGUAAGUCAGCGAGAAUGAGAGGAAGUCGUGGUAAAUCAUCUCCGACGACCGAAGACAAUGAAACAAAAUCAACCAAAAAGAAAGUUAUGCGUAAAUGGAAUGGUCAGUUGACAAAAGAACAAGAGAAAAGUUUGAAUUAUUCUAAUGAACAAGAUGAUGCUGGCACUUUGCCGGUUGCUCAAACUUUGGUUAAUCAAAGUCAAAUGGGGCAACGCAAUCGUGAUGGCAAUUAUGAAGUACAGGAUUUAGGUGAGAAUGAAGACAUGGAUUGUGAAGACGAAGAAGAUGAGACCAAUGGUCUUUCUCACAAAGAGAAUAAGAGUAAAGAAAGUGGAAAUGGCAUGUUCUCAUUUUUCAAAAGCAUUACUGGACAAAAAGAACUUAGUGAAAAAGAUCUUGAGCCUGUGUUAGCGAAUAUGAGAGAGCAUUUGAUCAAGAAAAAUGUCGCAUCGGAUAUCGCAUCACAUUUAUGUGAUUCCGUUGCGAAAAAUCUUGUUGGUCAAAAGUUGGGUAGCUUCAAGAGUGUGCAAUCAACUGUAAAACAAAGCAUGGAGAUUGCGUUGAAACGCAUUCUCACUCCAAAGACAUCAGUUGACUUGCUUCGUGAUAUUGAGCAAGCUCAAGCCGAAUCACGUCCUUAUACGAUAUGUUUCAUCGGAGUGAAUGGAGUUGCUCUAACUGUAGUGUUAAAAAGUGGCAAAUCUACAAAUCUGUCCAAGACCUGUUUCUGGUUAUUGCAAAACGGCUUGAAGGUUUUAAUUGCCGCUUGUGAUACUUUUCGAUCAGGAGCUGUUGAGCAAUUGAGAGUUCACGUAAGAAACUUGAAUGCGUUGGGACAAAAUUCUUCCGUAGAAUUAUAUGAACGUGGUUAUGGAAAAGAUGCGGCUGGGAUCGCAAAGGACGCUGUAAAUUAUGCGAAGGCAAAUAAGUUCGAUGUUGUCUUGAUCGACACGGCUGGACGUAUGCAAGAUAAUGAACCAUUGAUGCGUGCUUUGUCUAAGCUAGUAUCGGUUAAUAAUCCAGACAAAAUUAUAUUUGUCGGAGAAGCUCUCGUAGGAAACGAAGCAGUUGAUCAGUUAACUAAAUUUAAUCAAGCUCUUAGAGACUUCUCUGGACUUCAAAAUCCGAGACAUAUUGAUGGAAUUAUUUUGACAAAGUUUGAUACUAUUGAUGACAAGGUCGGUGCUGCUUUGUCCAUGGCCUAUAUAACUGGUCAACCCAUCCUUUUUGUUGGUACUGGACAAACUUAUACUGAUCUAAAGAAUAUGCGUGUUGCACACGUCGUAAACUCAUUGCUCAAAGAUUGA